AUGAAGCUGAUAUCUACACCGAUUCAUGCAUCUGGCGUGCCAACACCAAUAAAGGCUAUACCGAUAUCACCAGCAAAUACACCAAAUUCAAUUAAGUUUCUAAUCGGUGGUACAGCUGGUAUGACUGCUACUUUAUUUGUUCAUCCAAUGGAAGUAGUCAAAAAUCGAAUGCAAAUGAGUGGUGAAGGUGGUGGAGUACGAGAAUAUAAAACAACUUUCCAUGCAUCAAGAGCAAUACAUCGCAGUGGAGGUUUAAGUGGUAUUUAUGCUGGUCUUUCAGCUGGUUUAUUUCGUACAGCAACAUAUACAACAGCUCGUUUAGGAAUCUAUCAAGUAUUAUUGGAACAUUUUCGACAACCAGAUGGUCGUCCACCACGAUUUUUUGUUAAUCUUCUAUUAGGUGUUGCUAGUGGUGGUUUAGGUUCAUUUAUUGGUACACCAGCUGAAGUAGCAUUAAUUCGUAUGACACUUGAUGAACGAUUACCUAUGACUGAGAGACGAAAUUAUGCACAUGUAUUUGAUGCACUCGUACGUAUUACACGUGAAGAAGGUGUUUUUAAAUUAUGGCGUGGUGGUAUACCAACAAUAACACGAGCUAUGAUUGCUAAUGCUGCACAAAUGCCGACUUAUUCACAAGCUAAACAAGCACUUAUAUCAACUGGUCUUAUGCAACAAGGUUUUCCUUUACAUGCUGUUGCAUCAUUAAUUGCAGCCUUUGUGACAACAGCUUUUUCAUUACCAGUUGAUAUUAUUAAAACUCGAUAUCAAAAUAUGAAAGUCAUACAAGGAAAACCAGAAUAUACUGGAAUAUUUGUAAGCUAUUAUUUAUUAAUUUUUUAUGUAAAAAUCUACUAA